CGCACCUGAGUCCACUGACAGUCAAUAUUGACUGGCCAUAUCGCAACGAUUCGCAGCGGCGACCCCGCGACUGCCCCGAAACACCCACCCGAGAGCACGGUGUAGCGCGAGAAGACACCCCCAAAGCAAUCGCGCAGGAGCGCCUGCCCGGCCCAGAGAAGAGCCAUGUCUUUCCAAGGCAUGUUGAACAAGCUGCACGGCCAGCCCGACAGCUAUGACAAGAAGAACAAGUAUAAGAUGGGCCGCACGCUGGGCGCUGGCACCUACGGUAUUGUCAAGGAGGCCGAUGGACCUACGGGCAAGGUCGCAGUCAAGAUUAUCCUGAAGAAGAACGUCAAGGGGAAUGAUCAGAUGGUGUAUGACGAGCUGGAGAUGCUGCAAACAUUACAGCAUCCUCACAUCGUCAAGUUUGUGGACUGGUUCGAAUCGCGCGACAAAUACUACAUCAUCACACAGCUGGCUACUGGUGGUGAGCUAUUCGACCGCAUCUGCGACAAGGGCAAGUUCACAGAGAAGGACGCAUCCGCGACGAUGAGACAAGUCUUGGAAGCCGUCGACUAUCUUCACUCCAAGGAUGUUGUUCAUCGAGACCUGAAGCCCGAGAAUCUGCUAUACCUCACUCGCGAACCGAAUUCAGAUCUUGUACUGGCAGACUUUGGCAUCGCGAAGCAUCUCGACAGCCCCGAAGGCGUCCUCAAGACCAUGGCGGGGUCUUUUGGAUAUGCUGCACCAGAGGUCAUGUUGAAGCGUGGUCAUAGUAAACCAGUCGACUGUUGGUCUCUUGGUGUCAUUACCUACACGCUUCUCUGCGGUUACUCUCCAUUCCGAUCGGAAUCGCUACAAGAUCUCAUCGAAGAGACGAAAAACGGCAAGGUUAUUUUCCAUGACCGAUAUUGGAGGGACGUUUCGAAAGAGGCCAAGGACUUCAUCAAAUCGCUGCUCAGACCCGACCCUCAUGAGAGAGCAACAACAGCGCAAGCGCUCAGAGAUCCUUGGAUAGCAGGCAAGGGUGCUACAGACCACGAUCUCCUUCCCGAAGUCAAGGCAUACCUGGCUCGUGCCAAGCUCCGAAAAGGCAUCGAACUCGUCAAGCUCGCAAACCGCAUUGAGGCGCUCAAGAUGCAAGAAGACGAGGAGGAGAACGUACCGCAGGAGGCAGACGUACCAGCUGACGCACUCGCGGCGGCCGAUCAAGCCACACGAGGACGUGAAGGUGGUAACUCGAGGCUGACUGUGCCUGGAGGGGAACCCACGCGAAAGAGGAGUUUGUCCAAGCUGGCCAAGAGCGCAAUUUUCAGAGAGGUGGUAUUAGCAAAAGUACGAGAAAUGAAAGCAGAAGAGGAGAAGCGGAAAACCAUGGGUGCAAGCUCAACCACGAGCAGCAAGUCAUGAUUAGCAGUAAUUAGCCCUGCGAGAGGGAAGCACAGGUUACUACAGGAUCGCUUAUGAGACGGCGCAAUUGGUGCAUAGAUGGGCUGAUACCUGGAUCGGCUCUCCUACGAGAGUAUGAGCAUUUUACUCGGAAAGAUACAUUCAAAGUUGAUAUCGACUGCAAACAAACAUUAUCCCAU